AUGGAGAACAACCCACAGCAGCAGCAAGCGGCGGCGGCCGCGGCGGCGCCACCAGCACCCUUCCCCGGACAGGCACCGUACCAGCACCUCCUCCAGCAACAGCAGCAGCAGCUCCAGAUGUUCUGGAAUUACCAGAGGCAGGAGAUCGAACAGGUGAAUGACUUCAAGAACCACCAGCUCCCAUUGGCUCGAAUCAAGAAAAUCAUGAAGGCCGAUGAGGACGUGCGUAUGAUCUCCGCCGAGGCCCCCAUUCUGUUCGCCAAGGCUUGUGAGCUGUUCAUUCUGGAGCUCACAAUUCGGUCCUGGCUUCACGCCGAGGAGAAUAAGCGGCGGACCCUCCAGAAGAAUGACAUCGCUGCCGCCAUUACACGCACGGACAUUUUCGAUUUCCUGGUUGAUAUUGUCCCGAGGGAUGAGAUCAAGGAGGAGGCUGCCGGAUUGGGAAUGAAUGCCGGAAUUGGUAUGCCCCAAGGAGCGCUUCCGUUGGGACCUGCGGCUAGUGGGGUACCCUAUUACUAUCCUCCCUUGGGCCAUCCCACUGGUCCUCCUCCUGGGGUUAUGAUGGGUAGGCCUGCUGUUGAUCCCGCUGUUUAUCAGCCUCCUCCGCCCUCUCAGGCGUGGCAGUCUGUGUGGCAGACCGCCGCUGCGGAAGAUGGAGCUUAUGGUGGUGCUGGAGGUGCAGGUACUACCAGUGGUGGCCAGGGUAACCUUGAUGGGCAGGGGUAAUAAUUUUGUCUAAACUUUUAAUCUCAAUUCUGGUAAAAAUGUGGGUGAAAUUUCAAGCGUUUUAUUUGCUGUAGAUCGUUUUUUGGUAAUUGUAACUUAGCUUCCUUUUCUGUUGCUUUUUUGUUUUUUGUUUUUUUGGGCAAAGGUUUUAUAACAUUGUUUGUUUGUGAUGCAUUGAUGUCUUCUGAGAGAUUGUCUUCUGAUUGGUUUAUUUAUCUACUACUUCAAAGAAGGGUUUCUGGUCUUCUGCCUUGUGGCUUUUAGAGGUUCCAUGGGUCGGAGAGUACCAAGUCCUAUGGAUAGUUGGGGUUUUAUUGUCUUUCUUGUAUAAUUCUGGGUAUUAAGUAGAAUUUUCAAAUGUUUCCCAAACUGUGAAUUACCAUGUGUCUUUCGUUUGGUGGGAUUGGCAGUGCAUCAUACUAAAUGAAAACAUUAAAAUCAACUUCUCGUAUUCUUAUGUACUUUGCAUAAUUUCUAGUUGAUAGAGAAAGUUUGUUACUGUCAUGGCGAUAUUGCUCUUUUGCUUUUGUCAGAGGUAGAGUAAUAAGAGUCAGAAGAGGUUGUCUUCUCACGUGUGUGAAUUUUUUUUCGAGAAUUUUUCUCAUUUUCUAUCAUAUUCUAAUUGCUUGUGACGAGCUUCAGUCCUUGUAAUUCAAUAAAGUACUGAUGGAAAAGGGAGUUUUUAUAUGUCACAUGUUUUCUUCAUCAUGUUUAUAAAGAACAACUAUUGCCAUGCUUUUCUCUCUCCCUUCUCUGAGCUUGUGGCUUAUUUGCAUUUGUUAGUGUAGGUACAGCAAUAAAAAGGACUUGAUCUGUGCACUUCACUGCCUUGUUAAUUUCUGACCUUUUCACAUUUAAUAUGGAGAGAAGCUUGUUAGGGUCUUCAUUUGUUUAUCCUUCAGUGGUUUGUUUGUUAAGUAGUAUAGCUGGAAUGUAUUCUUUGUUUACCUACAUUAUGUAAUAGCAUGUCUGGCUUAUAUGAAUAUGUUUGAAAAUGUUUGUACCGCCGAUGCAGCUGUGAAAUAGUUGAAUAUUGUUAUCAAAGUGGCUUUCUGCAAAUUUUUACAUUUGUGAAAUCACUAUGUGUAUCUGCUGUUCAGAGAACGGUAAAGCAUUGUAGAAAUUGGUAAACUUGAAUUUCUAUUUCUGGGGCGUUGUCUGAACUUUUUUGCAUAAUGUUGAUAUUGCGACGAGGAUGCUUAAGAUAUACUUUUAGUGUUCUGGACAUCUUGUUUCUCCCCUUCUCCAAAUGUAAAAGUUAUAUUGUCGUCCACAGAAUUCUAGGUGGUAGUGUAACAAGUGUUGGUAUUGGUUGUGCCGUAGGGGUUCUUAAUUCUGUCAGUUGCGUGCAUUCACAUGGCCACCUUUUUCUCUAUGCUGUUGAGCUUAUUUUAUUUUUCUUUUUCCAUAAAAAUUAGCGGGAUAGUGUUUUCCUCUUUCACGGCUGCUGAUAAUUUGCUGGACAGUUAUCUGAAACUACCUACAUUGGGAUUGUUGACAGCUGUCCUACGUUGCAUUUCCAUUUGUUUCUUUCUAGGGUAAAAUUGCUGUUAAGUUCAAAGUUUUAAAGAUGGAAUUACGGCUCUAGGUCGUAGAAUAAAAAAUAAAUAAAAAUAAAAAUGAAAAUAAAGAACUGUCCCACAGUUGGAAUGAUUCAUGUGCAUGCCUAAAUUGGAAGUUGAUAAAAAGUCUGCAGAGGGUUCCUUCUUGAGUAGAAUGAAUUGUAUUGGUCAGGCCAGUGCAUUGAAACUCUCACUUGUGCAGAUAAGGAUCAAACUAUGAUUGCCUAAUCUACACAGCCUUACCAUAUAUUUCUCUGAUGGCCCUUUCCGCAACUUGAACCUGUGAAAACUAAGAACCAUGGCAAUGGCUUUUACUGCUCCGCGAAGGCUUUUCUUCAAAUGGAUUUUUUUUUUUUAAAUGUAUUUGCCUAAAUUAGUAUAUCAAUACAAGUUUGGCUCAUAUCGAUAAGUAUGUUAUAGCAAGUCUGCCUCGUAUCAACAUAUUUGAAAAUGUUGCUUGCAUCGACAGAACUGAUUAUUGAUGAAUUUCAAAUGCAUAUGCUUGGUCUUCAAGAGUUUGUUUAAGUGAUUUGCAAAGAUGGAUUUGGGUUGAGGUAAACCAUUUGUGUAAGAAGGCACUGUAAGAAAUAUUGGAUUGGUUUCGAAAGUAUGUUACUGCAGUUCAGAAACUAUUAGUUAUUCAGUAUGAGGAAUUGCUUAACUGAUUGAUUUAUAGGUCUGUAAGUUUGAUACACUCUUAUGUUUGGCCUUUUGUUUGGUAGAGUAAAAGAGUGAUAGGCACUAGUUACUGCACGUUCAAAGAGAUGUGCAAAUGGUGGUUUGUGUUUUCCUGCAUAUUUGGCAUGAAUGCCUCUUUCUUGCAUGGGCAUGAAUGAGAGAGCUUAACAAUACUAUAUGUGCCUACCUUUCAGAUUCAAACAUUGUAAUUUGACAUCAGAAUAUUGGAUUUUAGGAGUCUACCAACAUGGUUUGUGCUGCUAAUGUGGAGUUUCAUGUAUGAUGUCAAAUUUCAACAUUGUUGGUGCUUUGUAAUGAGCAUAGUAGCUAAAAGUACUAAUUUUAUCUUUGUGACUUGUCGAUAUUGUUAUGUCUUCAAAAUAUCGCUUCUUGAAGAUUGAGGAAAUUGCUCAAUAAGGAUGUCUUUUAAAUUCGUUUCCAGGCAUUAAACAUUAUGUUUAUGGGCCUUACAUUUAAUACAACUUAAAACUCCUUUUUCAGGUGAAUUGUAGAUUUGCAAGUGUAGCAGCCUGAGAUAAAAGCACAAGGCAACGUCGA